GGGCAGGCGGGGAGGGAGCAGCUGACUUCCAGCCCACCGCGCGCGGUCGAGCUGCGGAGUCCUCGGAGAGCGUCUCGGAGAUGUGGAGCUGCCGGUUUCCGUGACCGGACCACGCGGGGGAGGCUUCGGGAGGACGUUUCCAUGGAGGUCGCGCGGAGAAUGAACUUCUCAGGACGGAAUUGGGGAGUUUUUGGGGAACUUUUGGAGAAACUGUCCGGCGAUAAUAACCAGCAUCCUCUGGGCUGAAUCCCCCUGAAGUGCCAGCUCAAGUCUGACAUCCAGUGUCAGCAGAUGGUGAUUCCAGGAUGAACCACAACAUCUGCCACCACUACAACUACACAGGGAAGUUGGGCCACCGGAACUGCUUUAGCUCCUACCCAGGCAGCAUCAACACCAAAACCACUGUGUUCCUCAUCAUUUGCAGCCUGAUUGUGCUAGAGAACCUCACUGUCUUGGUGGCCAUAUGGAGGAACCACAAGUUCCACAACCGCAUGUACUUCUUCAUCGCUAACCUGGCGUUGUGCGACCUCCUGGCUGGAGUUGCCUACGUGGUAAACCUGCUCCUGUCCGGAGAGAAGACCUUCCAGCUCUCCACCAACGUCUGGUUCAUCAGAGAGGGCAGCAUGUUUGUAGCACUCAGCGCCUCCAUCUUCAGCCUCCUGGCCAUCGCCAUAGAAAGACACCUGACCAUGAUCAAGAUGAGGCCGUACGACGCCAACAAGAACUACAGGGUCUUUCUGCUGAUCGGCACCUGCUGGGUUAUUGCCAUAACUCUCGGAGCUUUACCAAUCUUAGGGUGGAACUGCUUGGGCGACAUCAAAGACUGCUCCAAAGUCCUUCCUCUUUACAGCAAGAAAUAUGUCGCGUUCUGUAUCACCGUUUUCAUGGUUUUGCUGUUAGCCAUGUCCAUCCUAUACGCACGCAUCUACAUCCUGGUCAAAUCCAGCAGCCGGAAAGUAAGCAAGCACAGCAGCUCGGAGCACGCCAUGUCCCUGCUGCGCACCGUCAUCAUCGUAGUCGGCGUGUUCAUCGUCUGCUGGACACCCAUCUUUAUCUUGCUGCUGGUGGACGUGGCGUCUGAGGAGCGCUUCUCCAUCAUCUACCAGGCAGAUUGGUUCAUCGUCGUGGCCGUGCUCAACUCCGCCAUGAACCCGGUCAUCUACACUCUGGCCAGCCGAGAGAUGAGACGGGCCUUCCUGGGUCUGAUCUGCGGCGCCUGCUACAGGCGAAGGGGUUCCGCAGUCGGCGGGGGGAACAGACCGUAUUUGGAGCCCAGCCGGAGCCGGAGUAAGUCGUGGAGCAGCCAGAACAACCCCAACCAGCACCAGCGUAGCUCCAGUCAGGCAGAACUGGAAAGGGGUCAGGAGGCAGGUCCUGGAAAAGCCUCUGGGAGGAAAGGAGUCGUGUGGGAAGAAAAAGACUGAAAAAGAAGGCAGGAAAUAAUAAUCUCACUGAGGAGAGAAUUACUAACAAACAAAACUGGUUCAGAAAUGAACAUUCCUGCAAUGAGCAGCUGCAUGGUGGCUUUUGCAUUUGAGAAGUAUGUUUCAACCUUGUUCUUUUAUUGCUCACAUUUGACUUUAAACAUAUCAGCAUCCAAGUAGAAUACAUAUGAUCGAUUAUGGUAAAGAAAGGUAUGUAUAAAGACUAGUACAGGGGUAUUUUCUUGGGGGCAACAAGCUAAAGCAAAUUUGUUUUAAAUGCAGCAAAUGUCAAUGUGUUGCUCAAUUAUUGACAAAAAAGUAGAUCCUGACAAAUUAGAAUCAUUUUAUAUAAAAAAUCAGAAAAGCAUUUUAAAUAAGAAAAAGUAUAUUUACACUACAAAAACGUAUGAAAAUGAAUGUAGACCUUGUUCCUUGUAGAUCUUGUUUUAUUACACAGUAUUAUAUAUGUAAUAUGUCUUGUUGUAAUAGCAUGUUGUAACUUAAGUGUGCUCAUACAGCUGAGCUGCAGUGUUAGUGGGGUAAGGGCUCCAUCUGCUGGUCAGGGAUGGUACUGAUGCAAAAAAAAUUUAUGAGCCUGAAAUGUCCCAAAUUAGGGUCAGGCCUGGUUUGUCCUGGGACUACUAGUUGCUGUAAGUUACUGCAGCCAUAUGAGGGUUUCCAUGAGCUGGUCCCAAGUCUGGAUAAAUGUAAAGCGGUUGGAAGCCAAAUUUUAUGACGCGACACCUGAAGGGAUCAGCCGAAAGAAAAAUAAACAAAAUUUGGUUUGAGGGGGAUGUGAAUUAAGUUAUAAAUACAGGAUUUUUUAUGAUGAAAUUAUUACACUAAAUAACUCUAAGUAAACUUACUUCACUCUCUUUUACCUCAUAGAACAGUAAAAUAAUUUAUUAUUUUGGAUCAAAAAUAUUUUUUUGAUGAAAUUUGAAUUGUUUUCAAGAAAAAUGUGUUAAUUGUUUUUUAUACAUUGAAAUGCAAUUAUGAAACAUUUUCAGCUGCUUCUUUUUUUUAUUUAAAUAGAUUUAGGGCAUUUAUCUCGUAAAAACUUCACACAUGAACAUGAAAUAAACUUAGAUUAGGUGUAGUUUGCAAAAACUGAGACUUCCAGAUGAUUAGAAAUAACUUUAAAACGUCAAUCUGAAACUAGUUGUAGGUCAGUUAGUUUAAAAAAGUUAUUUAUUAGAUUUCAUUUUAAGGCAUGAACAUUUUCAGUGUUUGAAAGCUAAAGAGACAGAAUUCUGCAUGUUGUCACAGUGACAUUGCCUUGAGAUUGCACUUAAGAGGUGGGAUGAUUCAUUUUAAGAAAUCUGUCUAAAAUAAAUCUUUAUUGUGUUUAAGUUUAGGAAACAUCCUCUUAAAAAUAUUAUUUUUUAAUUUAUGCUGUAGCUGAAGUAACGAUCAUCCUGGUGUUAAAAAAGUGUAAAAAAGGAAUGUUAAAAAAAAGAUUUUGUUGGUUUUCCUUAAAAACGAACAUUUUUCACAUCAUUUUGUGUUUUUUGUGUGUUAGCGUUAAAAAAUAAAAUUCACUCAUGACAUUAAAUGAAUCAUGCU